UACGAAGGGCAGAAACCCAAAUACGGCGAUAUCAAGUGUUGGUUAAACAAAAACAAAUUAACGUGCUUCAACUCCGGUCUUACUCCCCUUCAAUUCUGCAAUAACGCAGUUGACUUGAAGAUUUGCGAUCCACCUGGAGUGGAAGAGAUGGCAGCAUGGGUUGGUGAGAAUCGACACCUAGGAGCCGGAAGUGGGCUGCAAGCUCUGGGUUUCCGGGUGGAUUUGAGAAAAAGCAUAGAAGCUGCCUUCGAAGUGGUAUAUUGGCACCUCGAGCAACAUCUCCAUGAGGAAGACAAGGUGGUACUGCGAUUCUCUCCGAUUUUUGUUGAACACCUGUUGUGCAAGGUGGCCCGCUUCUCUCGGCAAUUUGAA